AUGUUCAAUUAUUCUCUCGCAGGAUGUUUUCCACUUCCCUGUGCUAACAAUGCGACUUGCACUGUUGUCGAUACAUUUGAUUACACAUGUAAAUGUCCAGAUGAUUUACCAGUCGGUGGUAAAAAUUGUGAUCAAUUACUCGUACCACAAAAUCCUAAUGUUCCUGGAGGAGACUGUAAAGUAAAUCCGUGUCAAAAUGGAGGCUAUUGUCAGCAUGAACAUCACAAUAUCCAUGCAUGUCAAUGUGCCAAUGGUUAUUGGGGAAGAUUUUGUGAACAGGCUCAUCCAUGUAUAUCAAAACCAGGACUAUGUAAUGCGGGUAAAUGUAUUGCUCUCGAAAACAAUCUUUUCCAUUGUCAUUGUUCAUCCGGUUUUAAUGGUGCUUUGUGUGAAAAUCAAAUUGUUGGACAAACAAUUGUGGCAAAAAAUGUUUGUGAUUCAAAUCCUUGUCGAAAUAAUGGAUACUGUCGUCCAUUAGUUGGUAAUAAAGAUUUUCAAUGUGUAUGCUCAAGUAAUUUCACCGGCAAAACAUAUUUGUCGACAGUAUGUACUGCUGAAUAUUGUGGAAAUCAUGGAUUUUGUCAAAGUAAACCGAUGAUUGGUCGUACAUGUUCGUGUGAUCAAUUUUACACUGGAAAAUAUUGCGAAGAACGCAUGUCUGACCCAUGCUCAUCUCAUAUUUGUCUCAACGGGGGAUCAUGUUAUUCUACAAACUAUGGAACAGCUUAUUGUUUAUGUUCAACAGACUACACAGGAAACAAUUGUGAAGCCUUUCGAACUCGCGACUGCAACUCGUAUUUUUGCAUAAAUGGCGGUCUCUGCACGAUGAAUAACAAUAGGCCAGUAUGCCUAUGUGCUCCAGAUUUUCAAGGAGAUUACUGUCAAAUUUUUGCACCAGUUGCCAAUUAG